CCUCACAGUCAUCCUGAUCAUUUAUUGUAUUUCUCUGGAGAAGAAUGCGUCGCACCUGGGUCGGAUGGGUGCUCUGUUUGUGCGCAUUUUUGGCCACAAGUUCGCAGGACUACAAGGAGGAGGACGAGAUGGUUCUGGAUCUGAUCCACAAGGACGGGACUGGAGCUGGACCUGGAGGAUCCGAGCCCACUGCAGACUUCCUCAAGUGCAACAAGGCAGCGUGGCGCAUGCCCGGUCAGUACCUGGUGGUGCUGCGUCAAGGGUGGCGCAAAUCUCAGGUGCAGAGGACCAUCGGGAGGCUGAGGGCCAAAGCGGCCAGGAGAGGCUCCCUGCUGGAGGUCAUGCAGACCUACUCUGGAGCUCUGCAGGGCUUCCUGGUGAAGAUGAGCAGCGACGUCCUUCACCUGGCGGUGAAGCUCCCUCAGGUCGACUACAUAGAGGAGGACUCGUCAAUCUUUGCUCAGAGCGCCCCCUGGAACCUCCAGAGGUUACUGCAGCCUCACGGUGGCACCUCUGAAAACGGAACAUACAGGCCACCCAACGACGGAGGUAUGGCGGUGGUGUAUCUGAUGGAUGGCGGUGUUAAGAUUUCUCACAGAGAGAUUGAAGGACGAGUUCUCAUCACAGACUUCAACAGCGUCCCUGAGGAGGACGGGGUCAGAAUUCACAGACAGGCCAGUCAGUGUGACAGUCACGGGACACACAUGGCGGGGGUUGUUAGUGGGUCGGACUCUGGGGUUGCUCGAGGCGCCGGUGUAAACCUGGUCCGUGUGCUCAACUGUCAGGGGAAAGGGACCGUGUCUGGAGCUCUGGCUGGUAUGGAGUACAUUCGUGCAACGUUGCUCUCCCAUCCAGUGGCUGCUGUCGUUGUUUUGCUUCCUUUCAUUGGUGGAUUCAGCCGUUCGUUAAACGCGGCCUGUCGGGACAUGGUGGCCAACGGUGCCGUGGUGGUCGCCGCCGCGGGGAACUACAGAGACGACGCCUGUCUCUACUCACCGGCUUCAGAGCCCGAGGUCAUCACAGUGGGGGCCGUGAACUCGGCAGAUCAGCUCAUGUCACAGGGAGCGGGCGGCACCAACUUCGGGCGCUGUGUGGAUCUGUUCACGCCCGGCGACGACAUCGUCAGUGCCAGCAGUGACUGCAGCACCUGCUUCACCUCCCGGAGCGGAACCUCCCAGGCUGCUGCACAUGCUGCAGGUAUAGCAGCCGUGAUCCUGUCGUCCAAUCAGAACGUGUCCCCGGUUCAGGUUCUGCAUAAGAUGCUGCGUUACUCCGUCAGCGACACCAUCAACUUCCUCUCUCUGUCCGACACACAUCGUCUCGUCACCCCAAACCUGGUGGCCGCCAUGCCGCCCGCCAACAGCACAGAUGUGGAGCUUCUGUGUCGCUCUGUGUGGUCAGAGAGGUCAGGGGUCACGAGUACCGAGGAGGCCGUCAGCCGCUGUCGUCGGGGGGAGGAGAUGAUGAGCUGCAGAAGCUUCACUCCUGAUGGUGUCCAUGUUGGAGAACCCAUCACUCGGGUGGUCGGCGGGCAGAUGGAGUGCGUUACGUCCAACGCUGCGGUUAAAGGUGUGUUCGCUGUGGCGCGUUGCUGUGUGACAGGAGGACUGCAGUGUCGGGUCCAUUCCAGUCCUGAACCCGGACGAGAGGCCAAUUGCGUUGAAACCCACCACCAUCUGACCGGCUGCCCCUCUUGGUCCGCUGCCUCGAUGUCGUCCGACCUGCGUCCACAUCGAGGUUAUCGGAGGCGCUGCGUCGUGAAAGACGGGGCGACGUCUCACGCCGUGUGUUGCCACGCUCCGGCUCUGGAGUGCAACUUGUUAGAAAACAUAUCAGCUGAUGAAGAUGAGGUGGAGGUGUCCUGUCCUUUGGGUUGGACUCUGACGGACUGCAGCUCCGACUCUCAGCGCUCUGACAUCACGGGUCCGGUUGCUAGGGGCAACAGAUGCCGUAUCCGCAGCGCCACUGGAGCUUAUGGGGUCGCUGCCGUCGCCGUCUGCUGUCGCGUCAGACCGACACCACCGGAGCAGCCCGAUACGAGUCCUCACUGAUGUGAUGUCCAACAAACAGCUGUGAUGUCUCUCUGAUGUUUAUGAUCUUUAACCUCCACCAGUGACUGUCAACACUUCUGCAACGCUGAUUUAGUUCAAAAAUAUG